CCGUCAGCUGUUCAACCACCGUGCUAAGAGAAGCGAGACCCUUGUGGCCGGCAAAUCGACAAGCAGAGCACAUUUAUCUAUUCGAUAGCCACAAAUUAUACUGCCUUUUUUCUUCUGUGAUAUGUUCGUACAAGCCAGAUAUUCGCUUUUAAACCGCCAAACAGUAGAAACGCAUUAUGAGAAAUGUGCUCCAUUUCGCACCGGACGUCGCGUGUUUGUUAAGAAAUUCAUUACUUAAUCAAUAAAAGAAUACGGAGCGAGUGUAUUUUUACCUUGUAAAAUAGCAGUAUUUUAACAUAAAACACACAAUCAUACAUACCUUAUUUUUAAAUAAAGUGCAGAGUGCAGCGAAGGAGAAUAUCACAGCCAUGGAUGAAUUUCUAGAGAGUUGCGGAAUGCCAUCACUCAGCAUAUCCGGUGCAUAUCAUGUAUUGACGCGUCGCAAACCCAUGGAGGAUACUACCGAGUCAAAAUUAGCUAAAGUUCUUUCCGCCUUUGAUCUCACAGCUCUGGGCAUCGGCUCGACGUUAGGUGUUGGCGUUUAUGUGUUGGCGGGUGAAGUUUCCAAGGUGUACGCCGGUCCGGCGGUGGUUAUAAGUUUCCUUAUUGCCGCCAUAGCUUCAAUAUUCGCCGGCCUUUGCUAUGCUGAGUUUGGCGCCCGCGUGCCAAAGGCGGGUUCCGCAUAUAUUUACAGUUACGUUACAAUUGGUGAAUUUAUGGCCUUCAUUAUUGGCUGGAAUCUAAUAUUGGAGUAUGCGAUAGGUGGCGCUAGCGUGGUCAAAGGACUCAGCACAUAUCUGGACAAGCUCUUGAAUUAUGCCAUGCGAGAUUAUUUGAGCAAAAACUUUGCCAUGAACAUCGAAGGACUCGGUGAUUAUCCGGAUUUCUUCGCUCUCAUCGUCACCGUGCUCUUUGCGUUGGCAAUAGCGGUGGGCGCUAAGGAGUCGACGCGUUUAAAUAACGUUUUUACAUUCCUCAACUUGAGCGUGGUGCUCUUUGUAAUCAUCGCUGGACUCUUUAAAGUUUCGCUCAGUAACUGGUCGAUACCGAAAUCGGAAGUGCCGGAAGGCUACGGCAAUGGCGGUUUCAGCCCAUAUGGUCUAACAGGCAUCAUACGUGGCGCGGCGGUUUGUUUCUAUGGCUUCAUCGGCUUUGAUUGCAUCGCCACCGCCGGGGAGGAGGCCAAGAACCCGAAGAAAUCCAUACCGUUUGCCGUCGUCACAUCUCUCGCCAUGAUCUUUCUCGCCUACUUUGGCGUCUCCACCGUGCUCACCAUGAUGCUGCCAUACUUCGAGCAGGACGAACAAGCUCCGCUGCCGCAUGUCUUCAGUCGUUAUGGCUGGUGGGUUGCCGAAUAUUUGGUAACAAUCGGCGCGUUGUGUGGGCUAUGUGCAAGUAUGAUGGGUGCCAUGUUUCCACUGCCACGCAUAGUUUUUGCUAUGGCUUCGGAUGGAUUGCUCUUCAAGUGCAUGGGCGAUAUUAGUCAGCGCUUCAAAACUCCCUUUAAAGGCACACUUAUUACUGGAGUUUUGACUGGUCUUCUAGCAGCGAUCUUCAAGCUCAGCCAAUUAGUGAGCAUUAUGUCUAUUGGCACUCUUCUGGCCUACUCGAUGGUGGCAAGCUGCGUCCUAAUUUUACGUUAUGACGGCGAUGACCGUCGAGAAGGCCGUAGUAUUGGUAACGGUAGAUCUCUCGUGGAUCACACGAAAAGCAAUUGUAACCUAUGGAGACGCCUAUUCAAUACCAAUAAUGUACUUUUGGCCAACAAGCAGAGUAGUCGCUUGGUGACCUUCAUGAUAACACUAUACUUUAUUUGGUGCUUUGUUUUCUCCCGUCUCCUUGAGAAGGUGGAAAUUGAACCCCACAGCAUAACACCGCCCUACAUUGUACUUCUUAUCAUCGCUGGCUUGCCUCUACCUCUGAUAUUAUUUAUAAUCUCACGUCAGCCGCGAUCGGCCACCCAGUUGGCCUUUAAAGUGCCACUGGUGCCUUGGCUGCCCGGUUUGUCAAUUUUCAUCAACGUCUAUCUCAUGGUCCGCUUAGACGUUAUGACCUGGGUACGCUUUGGCGUUUGGAUUGCUAUCGGUCUAUUGAUUUAUUUCAGCUACGGCAUACGCUACAGUCGUCAGCGUAGACGUGACACGCGUCUGAUGCUACCCGAGAGCGUGGAGAGUAGUGAAUCGGCUUUACCGUUACAUAAUGGCUAUACCGAAGUACCGCUCAUAAUCAUGAAAAAUACAAGUUAAGAGAGAAAAGACCGCGGAGUAUCGAAGUAUCAUUGUAUUAAUUCAACGAAGUUGAACGAGACUUUGUUCCUAACGUGAGCUCGAAGUAUAGGAAUACCGCAAUUACGUAUUGUAAUAUUACUAGCUUAAGUUACAUUUAAGUAAUUUAGUUUUGAGGAUAAAACCGGUAGAUGAGAAGAAAUUUUUAAGUAAUUGAAACUACAACAUACUGUUCGUAUUUAUUGAAAUUUCGUUAAUGAAGAAGCGUACUUAAAUAUUUAGUAUUUUUACUUGAUAAAACCCUAAUAAAAUUCUCCAAAGCUUUUCAAAAGCUAACAUUUAAUGUAAAAUUGAUAUAAUAAAUCACAAAUCAUUAUUCAAA